UCGGAAUAACUCGACAGUUACGAGCUAGGACAGACGCAUUUUGUAAACAAAUGCCAGUGCAAAGGAUAGUCUUACAGAGAAGUAAUAAAAAUAAGAGUUUACGGGUAUUGACAGAAUGUUUUAUUGAAGAUUCCAUGUUGUAUCUUACUGGGAAAUUUUUGAAAAAGGUGUGGCAGUAUAAAGUGUUUAGGCACUACAGUUAAGAUCAAUCUUGCAGACACUAAAAUAAACAGACAGGAUAUAGGAAACACCAGUUUCUAACAUGUCGUCUGCUGGAGGGCAGUUUUUGCUGCUGCUAUGGAAAAACUUUAAAUUACAAGGUCGUAAAAAGGUGGUGACAGUGUUUGAGAUUCUAGUACCAGUAUUCUUUGCCCUUUUGUUGUUGUUGAUUCGAAAUUUGGCUGAUUCAGAAUACAUUGACAAUGACACUAAAUGGGACAGUGCGUAUCCGGAGUUGGGAGGAAAUAUUACGGGUAAAACGGUGAUCUUCUACACGCCAAACACAACAUUUACUGAUGAGGUUAUCCAGAGUAUAAUAGAUUCCGGAAAAACGGCAGCCACUAAUAAGACCGGGUUUGCCUCUGAACAAGCCCUUCUUGAUGACUGGAACACAAAUGAUAAUACGGAGCUUUGGGCUGCUGUUGUAUUUACGUCCGAUGUCACCACAAAUCCACCAGAUACACUUGAUUAUAAAUUGCGUGUUACUCUGCGUAAAGGCCAAGAAGAUGAAGAUCGUUGGAGGACCGCCAAUACUUACCAAUUCUUCUCGACCUUCGGUUACCGUAACAAUGAAAGUACAGGCGGAGAACCAUACUAUUACGAGACUGGGUUCCUAGCUCUACAAUACUUCAUAGACAAAGCUUUCAUCGAGAAACACAGUGCAAAUUCAAUGGCUAACAUUGAAGUUGGUGUGAAAAAGAUGCUGUAUCCACCUUUCUUACAAGAUGUCCUGGCAACGGUUCUACAAACAAACUUACCACUCUUCCUGGUUCUCGGCUUUAUUCUUAACGCUCUUCAAAUGUCAAUGAAUAUUGCAUAUGAAAAGGAAAAGAAACUGAAGGAAUCUAUGAAGAUGAUGGGGCUGAAAACAUCUAUAUAUUGGUUGUCAUGGUUUGUGAAGAAUCUCAUUUACCUUGUAUUAGUCUGCAUCUUCUAUACUAUCAUCUUCAAUAUCAAGUCUGGUGAAAAAGGAAAAAUUCUCAACUACACACAUCCGACGAUAUUUUUUGUUUUCCUGCUACUAUAUGUCAUUGCAACCAUCGCAUUUUGUUUCAUGAUCAGUACUUUCUUCAGUAAAGCAUUUUCAGCAGCAUUUGCUGGAGGUAUUCUGUUUUUCCUGACGUAUUUUCCGUACUUCUUUUUACGUGACCAGUAUGAGACGAUGUCACAAUCGGAGAAAAUGGCCGCUUGCCUUUUACAUAAUGUUGGCAUGGCAUUUGGUAUAAACACCAUGCUUAUAUAUGAAGGAACAGGUGAUGGCGCACAGUGGAAUAACUUUUACGCCCCUGGUACCAUUGAUGAUAAUUUCUCUCUGCUGGAUGCCAUGGUAAUGUUACUGGUAGACACAGUGUUAUACAUGGUGAUUGCCUGGUAUGUGGACAACGUCAACCCCGGGGAUGCAGGUGUCGCUCAGCCUCUCUGGUUUCCAUUCCUGGCAACUUACUGGUGUGGCAAAAACAAGCCAUCAUACUGGUGUGGAUCAAAAGUUGAAGAUUCAGGAUAUGAAAACAACGGAGAUGGUUCCGUGAACAGUGAACAUUUUGAGCGGGAUCCCCAAGGCUCUAAAGUUGGCAUCAGCAUACGUCAUCUAAGAAAGGUUUUUGGAGGAAAUCGUAUAAAACAAUGUUUUAAGAAAGGAAAUAGCUUUAAAGACAAAGUGGCCGUGAAUGACACCAACUUGAACAUGUUUGAGGGUCAGAUAACAUCUUUAUUAGGACAUAACGGAGCUGGCAAAACAACCACCAUAUCUAUGCUGACAGGUUUUCUGGAGCCUACAAGUGGAACAGCUUUAAUUGAUGGGAAGGACAUACGGACAGACAUUAACAGUGUGAGAAAAUACCUUGGGUUGUGUCCACAACACAAUAUUCUGUUUGACCUGCUGACUGUGGAAGAACAUCUUAUCUUCUUUGCCAAGUUAAAGGGUUGCCCAAGCAAGGAUGUUGAUAGUGAAGUAAAUGAGAUGAUACAAGUGCUGGGCCUUGAGCAGAAACGAUCUGCCCUGUCUCAGACAUUGUCUGGUGGUCAGAAGCGUAAACUGUCAGUUGGAAUAGCUCUCAUUGCUGGAUCAAAGGUUGUUAUCUUGGACGAACCAACAUCCGGCAUGGACCCAGCAGCUAGACGUCAGACCUGGGAUAUUCUACAACGGUACCGCCAGGGUCGUACUAUUAUCCUUACGACACAUUUCAUGGAUGAAGCUGAUAUUUUAGGCGACAGAAUUGCUAUCAUGGCUGAUGGGGUUGUCAAGUGUUCUGGAACUUCUAUGUUUUUAAAGAAACUUUACGGUGCUGGUUAUCACAUGGUAGUUGUGAAAGGCAAGACAUGCGAUGUUGACCGUCUUACGAAACUCGUGCAGUCGCACAUACCCACAGCAUUUGUUGAGAGCCAGAUCAGUGCAGAGGUCUCCUACUUGCUACCAUUCACUGAAUCACCAAAAUUUGAGAAACUUUUCACUGAAAUAGAGGCCCAGAUGAGUAACCUUGGAGUAAAUAGCUUUGGUGUGUCUGCCACUACUAUGGAAGAAGUUUUUCUAAAGGUUGGCGAGGGAACUGGUGAAGAUGAGGCGGAGGAACCGGAAAAUAUUCAAAAUGGUGGAAAUACAAACCCAGCCUAUGGCAGUACAACCAAACUACCAAGGAUUGCUUUUGAAGCAAAUUCGACAAAAUCUGAAGCACCUUUUGACUCGAAGAAGCUGCCACCUAUAGGCAGUCCGGAGAAGCCCCAGGUUGUCAAUGAUUUAAAGAAUGGAGCUACCAAUGGUGCUUACUACAAUGACGGGUCUGUUGAAACUAUUGUUGCCAUGGAGAAAAAGAACUAUGCUGGUUAUAAUCAAGGUGUCCACAAAAAUACAGGGUUGUCCUUAGCCAUGCAGCAGUUUUAUGGUAUGUUUGUGAAGAAGUUCAUUCAAGCAAGACGUAAUUUAUCAGUAGCUGUGGCCCAGCUUCUUCUUCCUGUUGUCUUUACUGUAAUGGCAUUAGCGGUAGAAAAAGCAAUUCCAAAUGUUGGCGAUGAGCCAGCGUUAGCACUUAACUUGGGUCCUUUUUCUGACUACACUGUGGCGUUCAGUAACGGUUCAACAGCGACAGCAACCACGGAGAGUCAAGCAUCUUUCUAUAGCGGGCAGUUCGGUGGAAAUACUGUGAAAGUGGAUAGAUCGAGAUACACGGAAAUGGAUGAUUACUUUAAAUAUGUUCAGGAUGAUAUUGGCACUUCAACCUUUAAUAGACGUUACAUUGUUGCUGGUGAUUUUGAAGAUAGUACACCUGACACUGCCACAGCACAUUACAACGGUCAACCAUACCAUAGCAUUGCGAUUGCCUUACACUACACCAUGAAUGGACUCUUGAAACAAAUUACAGGGGAUUCCACGAAAAACAUUAAAGUCAUCAAUCAUCCUUUGCCGAAGAAGAUUAACGAUAAUUCACGACGUUUGUUCUUCUCCACCAACGGAACUGGAUUCACAAUUGCUAUAUCUGUUCUGUUUGGAAUGGCUUUUAUGGCUACAAGUUUUAUCAUAUUUUUGAUAAAAGAACGAUCCGUCGGAGCGAAACAUCUCCAGGUGGUUAGUGGCGUGGGUCCAUUUGCUUACUGGUCUUCAACAUUUGUAUGGGACAUUAUCAAUUAUACGAUUCCUGUGUUGAUUAUAUUGGUCAUCUUUGCUGCGUUCCAGACGGAUGCGUACGUUUCCGGUAACCGACUCGGGAUAGUUUUCUUGAUUUUUAUGCUGUAUGGUUGGGCAGUGUUACCUUUUGUGUACCUGUUGCACUUCCUGUUCAUGAUACCGUCACGUGGAAUGGUCGUCGUCUCCAUGAUCAAUCUUUGUUCUGGUCUGGUAUUUUUGCUGGCAACAUACACCCUCAGUAUACCACAGUUGGGCACACAGGAUAUUGGUAAAGCUUUAGAAGUAGUGUUUAUUAUUUUCCUGCCAAACUACGACCUAGGACUGGCCCUAAUGGACAUGUAUACAAAUGCAGGGUACAAGGACACUUGUGAAGGAUAUAACUAUAAAACAGUGUGUGCUUAUAUCAAGGCUUUUGAACCUUACCGCCAGGAUCCAUGUUGCUUUCCAGAUCACUGUCCAUCAAAUUUCUGCUUUGAAUUCUUUGAUAAUUUCCUGGCCUGGGAGAAACCUGGCAUUGGUCGGGAAUGCUUGUUUAUGUUAUUACAAGGCGUGGUAUACUUUAUUAUUGUUCUUCUAAUUGAAUUUGGCGUUUUCACCCGGCUCUCCAACAUGCUUAGAAACCGGCAACCAGUUGCUGUCGGGUCACAGGUUGAUAUUAGAGGUCAGCAGGAAGAUGGUGACGUUGCUGAGGAAAAACGUCGUAUUAACGAUACGCCUGUUGAUCAGCUAAUGAAGACAGAUUCACUCAUUUUGAAAAAUGUAAAUAAAAUAUAUCGAUCAGGGUUCCAGGCAGUUAAGGGUGUAUCAUGUGGUAUUCCAGCAAAUGAAUGUUUUGGUUUGUUAGGACAGAAUGGAGCGGGUAAAACAACCACGUUUAAAAUGAUGACUGGAGAUGAAUCUCUAACCACUGGCAAUGCAUACCUCAAUAGAUUUUCAGUGAAAGGAGACAUCAAGCAGGUACAGCAGAAUCUUGGAUAUUGUCCACAGUUUGAUGCAUUAAUUGAUCAGAUGACUGGUACAGAGACGUUGUAUAUGUAUGCUCGCCUUAGAGGUAUAUCCGAGGAUCAGAUUCAACAAAUCGUGGAUCAAGUUAUAGACAUCCUCAUGUUGCGGAAACAUGCCGACAAGCAAGCAGGCUUCUAUAGUGGUGGUAAUAAGAGAAAAUUGAGCACAGCCAUCGCUUUGAUUGGUGAUCCACCAUUUAUUUUCCUGGACGAGCCAACCACCGGAAUGGAUCCCGGAGCACGUAGACAGUUGUGGAACGUUCUGUCAGAUGUCAGAGCUAGUGGCCGAACACUUGUCCUUACUUCACACAGCAUGGAAGAAUGUGAUGCCUUAUGUACCAGGAUAGUUAUCAUGGUCAACGGAAGAUUUGUUUGUCUAGGUAGUCCCCAGCACUUAAAAAACAAGUUUGGUCAUGGUUACACAUUGUUUUGCCGCAUGGGUUUGAAUGAAGCAGGCUUUGUGUCUGGUAGUCAGGGACUUAUAGACUUCUUGAAGCUGACGUUCCCAGACUUGGAGGUCUUUGAUGACAACCAAGGGUAUAUCCAUUUCCGUAUACCAGAUGAUAACGCAAAACUUGGUCAAAUCUUCGGUGUGAUGGAGAGAGCAAAAGAUCAAUUUUGUGUAGAUGAUUACUCUGUGCACCAAACAACGCUUGAACAAAUUUUCCUCGCGUUUACACAAAACCAGGUUCCACCGGCCGAGUCGAAGAAGGGUUGUUGUUCCGGAGGGUGUCUUUGUUUUGGUCGAUAAAAAUUAAUCUAUAUGAAUAGUAAGAUCAAAUUAUAGACUUUUUUUUUUUAAAACAGAAGUGUGAAUGAGAUUAAUGACAAAGCAAAAAGUCUAUUGAUAACAGAGGAAUAGUAAUAUUGUUUUGUCUGGUGCAUUAUUACAUAUUGUGAAUUCACUUAAUUUUGUGGGUUUUCUCACAAAGAACAUUUUCAUGGGUUCUUAAAUUUGCAAAAAAUAAUCUUAACAGCAGACGAAAUGAAAUUUUGUUGGAUCUUAAAUUUGUGGAUUGAUCUAUACACAAAAAACCAUGAAAAUAAGUUCCCCACGAAAAAUAAUGAUUUUGCAGUACUUGAAUGUCAAUGUAACAUUGGCAGUUUCCUGGUAAAUAUGUGUUUUGUCUCAUUGUGUGAAGUUGGUAUGCCUAUAACUGUAGAGUUCUUGUAAUGUUUUGGAUAUUGUUUUUCAAAUACAAUCUUUUUCUGUCAUACAUUUUUUUCCAGAUUUUGCCUGUUAAGAAUUUCUUUAAAGUGACCUUAAUAUAGGUGAAUUCUGAUUGAAGAGAAAAAUCUGUACCUUAAAGGGGGAAAAAGAACAACAAAUAAUCUUAGAAACUGAUACAAAACUUUCCUUACUAUUUUAAACUGGUAUGAAGUAUGAAUGGUAUUAGAAAUUAGGAUUCAUUUCCAGAGCAGUGCAAUUUUAUUCCCUGAAUUUUACAACAAACAGCAUAAUAAAUUUACUGUUGUGUGCACCAUGUUAGUAUAAAUUUUGAUACUGAAAUUUCUUAAACUAUUGAUUAAAUGUUCUAAAUUCUAGAGAAGACCAGGAUUUUAGUGUGAAAGUUUAGUCAGAUAAGGGUUAAAACUGCAGUGGUGCUUUUAAUGCAGGUAAUUGACUGAUAAUUUUUGUCUGUGACCGACUUUGAUUUAUUUUAUUCUAUCAUGACAAUGUUGACCAUGUUUCUCAUGUACAUAAAAAUUAUAGAUUUUUUUGGUAUUCUACUUACAUUUCAUUUUGAAUGAGUUAUUUUCUGUUUCUUUUGUGUUUACAUUCCAAACUUUGCUGUGAUUUUAAGUAUCACUGUUUGACAAUCUUUUAAGUUUACUCUGGUAUAAACAUACAGUUGUAAUCAUGUUUUACUUUAAAGUGUGUGAGGCUAUAUAUUUGUUCCUGUAGUUAACAAAAUUAUCAUUUGAGUUUUGAAAGUAAUAUAAUCAAACAUGUUAAGAGACAAAAAGUGGCCAUUCUUUAUUUGGUGUUACUCCAUUCUAUUCAGUUCUAUAAAAUCAAUAAAUGGUUGUUGAAAAAUGGUCUUUAUUCACAUGGUUAUCUUAAUUCAGAAGCUGAAUGACUAAAUUUUGGCAUUUUGGUUUGAAAUUUUUAUUUAGAAAGGAUCCAUGCAAUUUGUUAAUUAUUUUUUAACUGUCACAAACUUACAGGCCAUUUGAAACUUGUCUAUAAAAUUUGACUUGCAAAUGUUUGACAAAGAUUUCAUUUAUCAGUAUCUCAUGUAUAUAUUAAAUGUCUUUAAUGUAUAUGCUUACAUAGUAAUGCUUUAUUUCAAUUGUAUGUAUAUAUGAUUACAAUAUGACUGCCUUUUGUUUUUGUAUUUUCAUUUGUGCAGAUUAUACAUUUAGCUAUUUUUGGAAGUGAACUUUGUACAUGUAUUUUUAUAAAUAUGAUUUUAGAUGAUAAGCUGAGAUAUUAUUUUUUUAAUUGCUUUGCUAACAUAUGACAGUGUGACAGUGCCGCGCUUGAGACAGGAAGACAAGACGACAGCGUGACAACGUGCCGUUUGGCGCCUUGUCGUGUUGUCACUAGGGACAGAACAAGACAAAAGUCCGACAACGCGCCAUUUGGGCUGUGUUGUGUUGUUACUAGUGCCAACUAGACGCACAAAAGCAUACCAAAUCAGCAUCCAUAGUUUUGAAUGAUUGUGAUUCUUGAAGCUUUAAUGGUAAUGUUUGUUUGUAUAAGAUGGGAAAAACCAACAUUUGCAGAGUUCCGAAUAUAUCAUCUGUUCAACUAUCCACUUGUGAUAAUCAUGUCCCAUGCAUACCAUAUUUGUUGUUUUUACCAGGUUUUUUGUUGUUGUUUUUUUUUGUGUUUUUUUUAAAGUUAGUAAGUCAUAAUAUUAGGAAAAUAUGAAUUCCAAUUUUAAGGUCCUACAUUAUCUUGAUAUGUCCAGCCUAGUAUUCAAUGUUUACCAAAAGUGAUCAUAUGCAUAAUAAACUGUUACGAAAUCCAAGUAUGUCUGAGUACGUCUUUCACAGCAUUCUUGAAAAAAUAUUUAAAUGAAGAAUUAAAAAAUAUGCCUGCCUUAUUUGGUUCUUGAACUAGACCUUUACCUGUUUAUAAAAGUGUGACAUGAUUUGAUAGAUUGAAAAGAUAAACAUUUACAUAUAUUUGCAAUAUUUAAUGCAUAAUUUUUAAUCAAGUUUGCUAAUCAGUAAUGUGUUUUUGAUCCUGAUCCCCCUGAAUUUCUUUAAUGGACUUGUCCAGUUUCUAUUUUUGGAACUGUGCAUUAUCAAAUGUAGGGAUGUCAAGAUUAAAUUUGAAGUUAAUUUACCUGCAGUAUAGUGAUUGGUCACCCUGCAUGGAUUUCCAGAAUGACCUGCUGCUAUACAGAGGGUGUCUGUGGCGGGGUUGCCUCAAAUCACUUGCCCCUCAGCGCUGUGGGUUCGAAUCCUGACAGGGAUUUUCUCAUGUGUGGAAGCUAUUUUGCUAGCUUACGGAAUGUCAGUGGUUCUACACAGGUGUCCGUUUGUGCGGAAGUGCACCUGAUAUGGCUUUGAACAUGUGCAUAUUUAUAUUUUUUUAUUUAUUUGUUUUUCUAAAUGUUUUUACUAAUAAACACCUUACUUUUAUGAAUUUGAGAUAAACAGAUAGGCCUAGUUAUUAUAUUAGUAUAUGUUAAUUGUACAAAGAAUUUAAAGUUAAAUUAACAUCAGUUAUAAGCCGGUGACAAUACAAUUUAUACAUGUACAUACUAACUUAUUAUUACACCUUCUACUCAUUCUAAGCAGUGAAAUAUACUCAAGUAUAGUUAAUAAUUAUAUACAUGCACUAAAAUGGCAACCGUUUACACUAAUUGUAAAGGCUUGGUUACUGUAAUGAAUAUUUUUGAUAUAAAAUGAUGGUUUAAGCAAUAGAAAAUUACUUAACCCCUAUUUAUGAAUUUGCAAGUGAAUUUGUGAACCUGGAUGAUAGAUAUUGGCAUGCAAUGAUAUAUUGUAGGUUAUUGACCUAGUAACAUUACUCUUAAAUAGAUUAUUUACUAAAUUAUUACCCUCUUAAUGACUUUUGUUUUAACCAUCAAGAAGUAAGAAUGAUCGAGGCUACUGUCCUGUUACACAGAUAUAACUGUUAUAACGCCUUUUUUAAAAUGAAAAUUAAUUGAGGUCAAAUGUUAAAAGAAAAGUGAAGAAUUAAGAACCAGGUAAAAUUUUCAAUACCUGCUUUUUUAUUUAAAGUUAAGACAUUUGUCAAUAUCAGAACUUAUUUCAGAAGUAUAUUUGUAGUGGAAAAUUUGUUGCUUUUUUAUUUAUGAAAAUAAAGCAAAAGGGACAAGCCGCGUGCCAUACCUGUUAGAUACCUAUUAAUUAGUUAAUGGAAUAUUUUAUAUCAUCAUUUUUAAUGUACGCCCAUAACAAGGAGACACCAGAAAGUACAUGUAAUAUCAGUUUUUUUUAUUGCCUUUAUUUAAGAAUUCUAACAUGACUCAUAUCACAAUACAUAUUAAAGAAGAAAAUAAUCAGUGUUAAACUGCCAAUAAACGCUGGUUGUGAAAAACAUGUGUAUGUGGCUGUUAUGUUCUCCCUCCCUCCAAUAAGAUUGUUAAACAGCAACAAUAAUAACACAUCUUUAUUUAUACUUUUUAUGUUAUAAUUAUGUUUUCUUUUCAUGUAAUGCUAAAAUAACAUCUUACAUACUGCAGUAAUUUUUUCUUUAUGUAUAGUGACAAAAUCAAGAGUCAUGUUAGAAUGUGUGUAAGCAUUUCAAAAAAAAAAAUUCUUUGAAAUCCAUUGAGUUAAAGUUCUUUUGUUAAAUACAGAAGCCUGAAGGCAUGUUUUAUUAUGUAGUUGGUGAGGGUGGGGGCUGGUAGAAUUUGGCUAGUUUACUUUCAAUUCAAUUGUUACUGUUGUUUUGAUUUGUGGGACAAAGCUACUGUCUAUUGCUCUUGUUAACUAUGCCAUCAAAUUCAUAUAAUGAAUCAUAUAAAUGUUUAACAUAUCUUAUAGCUUUGUGAUAUAUGGUUUAUAAAUUGUUCUACACUUGUUUCAUAUUUAAAAACUUUUAAAUGUUUUAUACUCCCACAAUUCUUACAUUUAAUAUUUAUUGUUAGUUUUAUUGUUGAAUAAACUGGAUAAAAAGUAUAA